AUGGCUGCAAAAAUGGAGUCGGGGAGGUUAGGAUUCAUCAAGUUAAACCAAUCCAAACUUAGAACCGACUCUUACAUUCACCUUCGUGAUGGUCUGCGUUCUGAUGGUGACCCACGCAAUCUCGGCAAACCGUGCAUUUUGCCUUCCUCUUACACUGGUGGCCCUCAAUACAUGCAUGAAAGGACACAAGACGCAAUGACCUAUUUCCGUCAUUACGGGAGGCCUGAUUUAUUCGUCACGUUCACGUGCAAUCCGAAAUGGGUUGAAAUCACACGCGAACUUUUUCCAGGUCGGCAGUACUCACACCGCCCUGACCUAAUUGCCCGCGUUUUCCGGUUACAGCUAUGUAAGCUUUAUGCCUUAAAGGGCAAGUCUUCGGACGCGUUAAGUGUCAUAUGUAUACAGUGGAAUGGCAGAAACGCGGUUUGGCUCAACGAUAAGGUUGACGCUAACAAAAUAGACGAUUUUAUUUCUGCUGAAAUUCCGGAUCCUGCGCUGGAUCCUUUGCUCCACGAAAUCAUUAAAAACAAUAUGAUACACGGCCCCUGUGGCACAAAUUACGAAAAAGGUCAUGUUGGUCAAGCGGCCCCACUUAUGCAAAGGUUACUCCCGUAA